UUUCCAACACACACACACACAACACAUUUUCAUUUUCUGUUACAAAACCAUGAACAAAACAAAUAUAAAAUGACCCUCACCAUCACCACAAACCACUACCACAAAUUUUCUUAAACCCUAAACUUUGUUUUUUCAGCCCGGAAUAAUUCGGGCCAACCCAAACUGAAAAAAUGGACCCAUGCCCAUUUAUCCGGCUAACCAUAUCAAACCUGGCACUCAAAAUCCCAAUAGCAUCAAAACCACCAACUCCUUCACUAAUCCAUCCUUCUUCUUCUUCACCAUGUAUUUGCAAAAUCAAACUCAACAAAAAAAACUUCCCAACCCACAUAACCCAAAUCCCUUUUAUUGACCCGACCCAACCCGACCCACUUACACCAACCCAACCCAUAACUUUCGACCUCACAAAAACAGAUCUCAAUAACUUCACAUCCAAAUUAUCCAUUUUCAAAACUACUCAACUUUUAUUAAAAGUAUCUAUUUUCAUGGGCCGGGUAGGGAGUAGCUGUGGGUUGAGUUCGGGUAAGUUGUUGGGUAAAGUUGUUGUGCCGUUGGAUUUAAAUGGGUCGGAUUGUAAAACGACGACGUUUCAUAAUGGAUGGGUUAGUUUUGGUGGUGAUAAGAAUAGUAAUAAAUCGACACAGUUUCAUUUGAAUGUGAAAAGUGAACCGGAUCCGAGAUUUGUUUUUGAAUUUGAAGGUGAACCGGUUUUAAGCCCACAGGUUUUUCAGAUACAGGGGAGCUUACGUCAGCCGGUUUUUACUUGUAAGUUUAGCUUCAGGUCAAACACUGCUGCUGACCGUAGUAAUCAACGCUCUAGAUCAUUACAGUCAGAGCAAGGUGGUCCAAGAGGAUGGCUAAGUUCAUUUGGAAGUGACAGGGAACGUCCUGGAAAAGAGCGAAAAGGAUGGUCAGUUACGGUGCAUGAUUUAUCCGGUUCACCAGUGGCGGCGGCAUCGAUGGUGACACCGUUUGUCGCGUCACCUGGCUCUGACCGUGUCAGCAGGUCAAACCCGGGAUGUUGGCUUAUUCUCCGUCCUAGUGAUGGGACGUGGAAGCCAUGGGGAAGGCUCGAGGCUUGGCGUGAACGGGGUGCUCACGACGGGCUGGGGUACAGGUUUGAGCUCAUUCCAGACUCUGCAGCAGCUGGAAUUGUGCUGGCAGAAUCCACUCUGAGCUCAAGCAAAGGCGGGAAGUUUGUGAUUGAUUUAGGCUCCGGUAAUGGACUUGGUGGAAGUGGUAGGAAAUCCAAUGUGGCAUCUCCGGGUUGUAGUCCGAGAGGGAGUGGGGAUUAUGGGUACGGGUUAUGGCCUUAUUGUGCGUAUAAAGGGUUCGUAAUGGGGGCGACCGUGGACGGAGAAAAGCACGGACGGAUGAAGAAAGGGAUGACGGUGGAGGUAAGCGUGAACCACGUGACAUGCACGGAGGAUGCAGCCGCUUUCGUGGCGUUAUCAGCAGCUAUUGAUUUAAGUGUAGAUGCCUGCAGGCUUUUUUCUCAAAAGCUAAGAAAGGAACUUUGCCAGGCUUCUCAGGAUUUACUCUGAAACUACUACUAUUAUUUCUGUCUUCUUUUUUUUUAGCAGGGUGGAAUUUUUCUGAGUCCAGGUUACUGAUUUCAUGCUCAGAUAGAUGCAUGUUUUUUUCUGGAUUUGACAAGGGAGUAGCUGUGUACUGAAUGUGUAAAUACGAGAGGCGGGUAUGGCAAGAUAGGCACCGGUUGUUUAUUUUUAGUAACUAGGUGUUUGUGCGUGUGUGUUGUGGCGUAAUUUUUCAUCGCUUUCUGCUUGGUUUUAGUGAAGCAAAGCUCGAAUGUUUUUGUACGUGUUAGAUAUGUUCUGAUUAUCGAUACACAAAAUGUUAUUUCACAGCCCAUCUAAUGUGGUGAGUUGUUGACUUCUUGUUUGGUUAAUGAAAAAUGAAGGAAUGAAAUGAUCAGUUUUUGAA